UGCCGGGCGCAGUGUGCAGGAGGGGGCGCCACCGCAGCAGACGCGACCUGGGGUCCCCGCGGCCAUGGCUGCACGGCAGGUCAAUCUCGGCAUCGACCUGGGCACCACGUCUGUGAAGGCGGCCCUGGUGGAGGCCGCGCCCGGCGAUCCAUCCGGGUUCGUGGUACUGGCGAGCUGUGCCCGGGCUGCGCGGGCGGAGGCGGCGGCCCAGAGCGCGGCGGCCGGGCCUCAGGGGCGGGAGCAGGACGUGAGUAGAAUCAUCCAAGCCCUGAACGAGUGCCUUACUGCCCUUCCCCGGGAACAGCUCCGGAAAGUCUGUGGCAUCGGAGUGUCAGGACAGAUGCAUGGAGUCAUGUUUUGGAAAACAGGCCAAGGCUGUGAAUGGACAGAGGGAGGGGCUGCCCCUCUAUUCAAGCCCAGAACCGUCAGCCACCUGGUCACAUGGCAGGAUGGCCGGUGUAGCAGCGGGUUCCUGGCUUCUCUGCCCCAGCCAGAGUCCCAUCUCAGUGUGGCCACGGGGUUUGGCUGUGCAGUCAUCUUCUGGCUUUUGAAAAAUAGCCCAGAGUUCCUGAAGUUCUAUGAUGCAGCUGGCACCAUCAGUGACUAUGUGGUUGCCAUGCUGUGUGGCUUGCGAAGACCCCUGAUGUCCGACCAGAAUGCCGCGAGCUGGGGAUAUUUCAACACCCAGAGCCAAAGCUGGAACUUGGAGAUACUGAGGGCCUCGGGAUUUCCUGUCCACCUGCUCCCAGACGUUGCCGAGCCGGGCAGCGUGGCAGGCCGAACUUCCCGCGCCUGGUUUGAAAUCCCAGAGGGGACCCAGGUGGGCGUGGCCUUGGGUGAUUUACAGGCCUCCGUCUAUUCCUGUAUGGCCCGGAGGACAGAUGCAGUUCUCAACAUCAGCACCUCGAUUCAGCUGGCAGCCUCCAUGCCUUCAGGGUUCCAGCCCGCGCAGACCCCAGACCCUGCAGCUCCAGUCGCCUACUUCCCGUACUUCGACAGGACUUACCUGGCAGUGGCAGCGUCACUCAAUGGGGGCAAUGUGCUGACCACGUUUGUCCACAUGCUGGUCCAGUGGAUGGCGGAUCUAGGCCUGGAGGUUGAAGAAUCCACUGUGUAUUCACGCAUGAUCCAGGCAGCUGCACAGCAGACAGACACCUGCCUAACCAUCACUCCCACAGUGUUGGGAGAGAGGCACCUGCCGGACCAGCUGGCCUCGGUGACCAGAAUCUCCUCCUCCGACCUCUCCCUGGGGCAUGUCAGCCGGGCCCUGUGCAGAGGCAUCGUUCAGAACCUGCACUCGAUGCUUCCAUUUCAGCAGCUCAAAGAGUGGGGCGUGGAGAGGGUGAUUGGCAGUGGCAGUGCGCUGUCCAGGAACGAAGUGCUGAAGCAGGAGGUGCAGAGGGCUUUCCCUUUCCCAGUGUCCUUUGGGCAGGAUGUGGAUGCAGCUGUGGGGGCAGCUCUUGUCAUGCUCCAGAGAAACCUCAACCAGAAAGAGUCUUAGUCAGCACAGUCUUUGGCCAAAGGACUGUUGCAAAUUUUAUCUAAUUAACAUUCCUGACAUGAUCUUGGCGUCAUUCUUUUUCUGGACAGCUGUGUGGACAGCUUUUAAGCAAUGCCUGUUCUCAGGGCACCAUCUUGACCAAGAACCUACCUUCAGGGCACACUCUAAUAAUGCAUCCAGAAACCAUCAAUCAGGAGUCAUCAACGAGAUCCCAAAUCAGUACCUUCUGAAAGAGACUCACCUGGGAGCUGGCUGCAGAUGUAAAUGUGGAAAAAAGAAAGAGAGAGAAAGAAAAAGAACAGUAGCCCAGCAUCCUGGUCAGUAGGCUCACUUGUGAUUCACCUGUAGACAAAGAUAAAAUAAAUGUGGACUUCUGAUACCAAAAAGUCUGGUGCUACGGGCUCCAAGUAAGAAAAGAAGACCCACCCUCCACCCCAUGUCCAGCUUUUGGAUUGAUUGUUUUAGGGACAUGAAGCCUAGACUUGGGUCACAUGCACUAUUGGAAAAGUCAUUCCCUACUGGACUUUACCAUGUCACUCUGAGGCCCCAAUCCCAAUCUUGUUAGGGCACGGGGUGGCCCAAGGACAGUGAAGCUGCCUGGCUGAGAUGAAGAUGCAGGGGUCUGUGCUGGGCUCACCAUGUACUUUCUCCCAAGGAGAGCCUGCUGCACUGCAUCUGCCCCAGAUCCGCACGACACAACUGGCUUGAAGGCAUGGAACAGGGAAGAACAGGCUGAUGGCAUGACCAGGAAGGGGGAGAGAUGCUGUGUGAACCCCACAUUCAGCACAUUGUUCCCAAGAGCCUGACCAGGCACCAGCAGGACCCUUUUCCAGGAGUAUGUCUGUGCAGCAGUGUUUUCGCCCCUGCACAUCCCUGGGAAGCCUUCCAAGGGAAGGGAUGCAGCCGGGUAUGCUCCUGUCAGAGCGGGUGGCCAAUUUAAUCAGAGAGAACACCUCCUGCAGGCCCCAGCUCUUCUUUCUCUUGGUGUAGGCCUUGCUGACCCACCAUGUAUUCCUGGCCCAUGGAAACAUCCCAUUUGUCAUCAUCCCUGUAGGGAUUCCAGAGCAUCUUAAGCCUUCCUGUCUUUGGGAGAGAUGACCAUGGAAUGGCCACCAUUGCCACAUCUACUCGGAGACUCCCAGGGUCAUCCCAGGCUCAGGCAGACCUGACUCUGUGGCACCCGGGCAACUAUGAGUUUGGGAAGCAGUCAUGUUGUCUCUUUGUGCAUGUCACUUUAUGAAUUAUGUGAUUGUUUGAAGCUCUUAGAUUCAUCUGCCUGGCUUUGCUGAUUGAAUUUCAGACACUAAAGCUCACUCUUUCAGAAUUAA